AUGUGUGGUCGAUAUGGUCACAAAAGGGAACACUGUGAUGUGCCAGAUGCUGCCUUUGUGGAGAAGACUAGUGCUGGAUCCAAUAUGGGUAAUGAUGGUUUGGUAGGAGGUGAUACUGUAAUGGGGAAAGAAGUUGAAGGCAAUGGAGGUCGAAAUACGGGUUCUAGAUUUGAUACGUUGAGACAGGUGGGUGAGAAUUUUGGGAUUAAUGGUAGAACUGAGAGGGUUAAGGCUACUCAAACUUUCACAGAGCAACUGGGAUCUUCGAUUAAAGAUGUUAGAAAGGGAUCGAAAGUUUGGACCAAGUCUAAGGCUAAUCAUGGUAAAGCUAGAACUGUCCUGAAUGACAUUUCUAAUAUGAAUGUCAAGGAAAAUGGGAAAGUGCAUGCUACUGUUGAUAAGGUGAAGGAUGCUAGCUAUUCUAAAGUUGGGUUGUUGCUGAAUAAAAGUAAUCUGGUUUAUGACGGUAAGAAAUUUGGUGGGAAAAUAUCUUUGACUGACCAAUUGAAUAAUUGGAUGAAUGAUCAGAAUGCAUAUCGAGCUACAGGGGUCUAUCACUUUGGCCAUCAACCACCCAACAUAGCCAUUAAUUGUUCUAAUACUGAGGAAGAGGUGGAUACUUAUGUCAAUGUUGAUUCUCUGGCUUCUUCUGCUCAGGAGGGCUUGAUUCCAACAGAGAAAUAG